UGUCAAAAGUUAUAUCAUCGCCAGAUAGUAGCUUUCACGGGCAAUUUUUGAUUCUCCCGGUGACAUCGUAGCGAACCCUCCGCACACGAUCGAAAAACCGACGAUGGCUGCCCGCAAAUGGUUCUCGUCCUUUUUCCCAUCGGUGAAGGCUCAGGAAGAGGAAGAUAUCGUUGACCCACAAACCGUGCUACGGGAAAAGUGUGCUCAGCAGGGUCACACCACCCAACUGUGGGACAAGUACCAGGCGUGCAAUGAACGCGUCAGUGGCCGCUCCCAAACUACGGAGACCUGUGUCGAAGAGCUGUUCGAUUACCUACACGAGCUGGAUCACUGCGUCACAAAGACUCUGUUUUCGAAGCUGAAGUAACACGUGCGUUGUUACAUAGAGAAACAAAUUUACGAUGAGACGUACCAUUAACGAGCAGUACCGCACAGUCUCAAUCAUGUGCCGAUAUGUAUGAAGGUUAUUGUCCUGUGCAUCCUGCGUUUCUGCCACAUAAUCGACUGCUCUGUACUUCUGUAUGCAACCAAGAUCGCACGCAUUCGCUAAGGCCUCGUCAAACGAUGUUCGAAGAAAGGCAAUUAGUAAAUAAAAUUGUGUUUUAAAAACUGA